UUGGUCAGACCAGUGUUGGACUUCGCCUAGAAUAGUAAGAAAAAUUCCGAGAACGACUACGUUUUCACAAAACAAACGGGUGAAAAUAAGAAAACAAAAUAGAAAAAGAAAAAAACACAAAUUAAGUGCAACACCUCCGCCCUGAUGGCAUUAAACUUAUUGAAAUCUAAUUAAAUUUAUAAGAUUUUUUUAUAAUUUUACAAUAAAACGAAAGUUACUCGAACGAUUAACAAAAAUACGAAUAUUUUUUAAACAUUAUUUUGCUUAGUUGCCAAAAUAAACAUGAUUACUUCCACAAAACGCCUGUACCCACUGGCGUUAUUAGCAUUUGUCUUCACAUGUUUUGUGUUUACGGUCGAAGCCCAAUUAGCUGGUAAACUCAUACAAAAUCCCUGUGUCAACAAACGCACUUGUCACGAGUGUAUACAAACACAAAGUUGUGCCUGGUGUAUGCAACCGGACCAUGGUGACAAACCUAGAUGCUUCCAACACAGUUAUUCCAAUGUUUGCCCAGAGGAAUUCAUCUGGAAUCCAGAUACAGUACAAAGUUUUACCAUGAAUCGUGAACUGACACGUGCCGGCUAUGCUGCAGCUGCUGGUGGUGGUCAAAUGUCCUAUGGUGGUUCAUACUAUGCCAACUCUUCGUAUAGUAGUUCUUCAUCGGGUUCGUAUUCUGGAUCGUAUGGCGCCUCUGGAUCUGCAAGUGGUGCAGCUGCUGCUGGCAGUUUUAGCGGCAGUGACAUUGUACAAAUUAGCCCUCAAAGAGUUUCUUUAAAAUUGCGUAUAAAUGAACUGCAUAGUUUAAAUAUGCGUUAUUCCCAGGCUGAAGACUAUCCUGUUGAUUUAUACUAUCUUAUGGACUUGUCAAAAUCUAUGGAAGAUGAUAAAGAAAAGUUAUCUGCCUUGGGCGAUUUACUUUCAGAAACUAUGCGUAAUAUUACCUCAAAUUUCCGUUUAGGUUUCGGCUCAUUUGUUGAUAAAGUUUUAAUGCCCUAUGUUUCGACUAUACCCAAAAACAUGAUCGAGCCAUGUGCAGGCUGUGCUGCACCUUAUGGUUAUAAAAAUGCAAUGCCUUUAAGCACGGAUACAUAUCGGUUCUCAACUGAAGUAAAAAGAGCUGCUGUUUCUGGUAAUUUGGAUGCUCCUGAAGGUGGUUUUGAUGCCAUUAUGCAAGCUAUAGCUUGUCGUCAACAAAUCGGCUGGCGUGAACAGGCUCGUCGUUUGUUGGUGUUCUCAACAGAUGCUGGUUUCCAUUAUGCUGGUGAUGGCAAGCUCGGUGGUGUUAUUGCUCCCAAUGAUGGUGAAUGUCAUUUAAAUUCGGCUGGUCUCUAUACUCACUCGGUUAUUCAAGAUUAUCCUAGUAUUUCCCAAAUUAAUCAUAAAGUCAAACAAAAUUCCAUUAACAUCAUUUUUGCUGUAACUUCAAGUCAACAUUCUGUUUAUGAGAAAUUAUCGCAACAUAUUGAAGGUUCAUCCAGUGCCAUAUUAUCGAAUGAUUCUUCUAACGUGGUUGACUUGGUUAGAGAGGAAUAUAGUAAAAUAUCUUCUUCUAUUGAAAUGAAAGAUAAUGCCACAAGCCAUGUUAAAAUCACCUAUCACUCAUCGUGUUUGAAUGGUGGCUCCGAAAUACCCACUUCAAAAUGUGAUGGCCUUAAGGUCGGUGACGUUGUCAAUUUUACCGCUCAAAUUCUGGUUACAUCCUGUCCCACAGACCCCGCCGAAUGGAAUCAAGUUAUUCAAAUCUACCCUGUAGGUAUUAAUGAAAGUUUGGUUAUCGAUUUGGAGAUGUUGUGCUCCUGUCCUUGUGAAAAACCCGGCUCAACUGGUUAUCACAUCAACUCCCCUGUUUGCAACAACCAUGGUACCUAUAUGUGUGGUAUCUGUGAGUGUGAUGAUAUGCAUUUCGGUCACAAUUGUGAGUGUUCUACCACGGAUGUACAUUCGGAAAAGGGUAAAGAUUUUGGUUGUCGCGCCGAUAAUGUAACAACAAUUGACUGUAACGGUCGUGGUACUUGUUUGUGUGGCGUGUGUGAUUGUGAGAAACGUGCUAAUCCUGAGGAAAUCAUUUCUGGUCGUUUCUGUGAAUGCGAUAAUUUCUCCUGUGAUCGCCAUGAACAGCAAUUGUGCUCGGGUCCCGAUCAUGGUGUUUGUGAGUGCGGUAGUUGUGUGUGUAAACCUGGUUGGACUGGUACAGCUUGUGAUUGUCGGGAUUCAAAUGAUACAUGUAUUCCACCCAAUGGUGGUGAAAUUUGUUCAGGACAUGGCGAAUGUGAAUGUGGUGUAUGCAAAUGUAAAUCCACCGAAGAAGGACGUUAUUCCGGCAAAUACUGUGAGAAGUGUCCCACAUGUUCUGGCCGUUGUCACGAGCUUAAAGAUUGCGUUCAAUGUCAAAUGUAUAAGACUGGUCCAUUGAAGGAGGAUAAAGAUUGUGCUGCCAAUUGCACAACAUUUGUACCGAUUGCCGUAGAAAAAGUUGAACUCGAUGAGAAGAAAGAAGAAAAUAUCUGUAUAUUCUAUGACGAAGAUGAUUGUAAAUUUACUUUCAAAUACAGCGAAGAAGAUGACAAAGUAGAAGUGCACGCUCAGCAGGAACGUGAAUGUCCUCCUAAAGUCUUCAUGUUGGGUAUUGUUUUAGGUGUUAUAGCUGCCAUUGUAUUGGUUGGUUUAGCCAUAUUGUUAUUAUGGAAACUAUUGACUACUAUCCAUGAUAGACGUGAAUUUGCUAGAUUCGAAAAAGAACGCAUGAACGCCCGAUGGGAUACGGGUGAAAAUCCAAUUUAUAAACAAGCCACAUCUACCUUCAAAAACCCAACGUAUGCUGGCAAAUAAGAAGAGAUUUUUUGCGAUUUUUUUCUUUUUAGUAUAAGAAAAAUAUAAUGCCAUAAAAAACGAAACGUUUUAAGCAAUGUAAAUUCUUUUGGUUUAACAAAACUAAUCUUUCUGUUUAACUGCCAGUAAAAGUCUAAAAUAGUUUAUCUAAAUUUUUCAACAUAACCAAAACUUAACUUUGAAACCCUCCAUUUUGUUUUAAUUUAAUGCUAUCCUUUUAUUUUCUACUUUUAUUGACGAAAGUGUAUUAAUACUAAAUAUGUGCCUCAAAACAAACAAAAAGAAAGAACUAUUUAUCAAUAUUUAUAUUUUUACACCGAAAUAUAUUUUGUACUUUUUAUAACAGUAAAAAACAAAAGGAACAACCGAUUUUUAUUAAUAGUUUUUAAGUAAAACUUAGCAUGAGUUUUUAAAUAGAAAUAAUAAUCCAAAAUGCCUUGUAACCAAAUUAAAACAUUGAAAUGAUAUAAUAUUUUAUAUUUAUAAAUAUAAAAACGCAACAAUAUUGCAAUAUUUGCCCCAAAAACAUAAAAUAAUUUUUAAAUUAUUUAUUUGCUAAAUAAUUUAAAUCUAUAUUUUUUAAGACUUUUUUUAAAACAAUAUAAAAAAAGAACUAUUGUAUUCUGUCAGCUGUAUUUAUAAGAAAGAUUCGGUCAUGCGGUUACAAAAAUGUCUAAAUUUAUUGUAGCCACUUUAGAUUUUUUUUAUUAUUAAUGUGGUUGAAUACGUUUAUUUCUGUAUUAACAAAUUCAUUUUUAUUUUUGUUCUAUUGUAACUUGUGUGUAUUUUUUUUAGUUCAUUUCUACAUAAUUAAGUUCUAUUUAACACUUAAGUUCUCCCUUUUACUUUUUCUUAGUUAAUAUUGUUUAUUUUUGUAAGCUUUUUUAUAAUUUGUAUAAAUUUUUAUGUUUAUGUUUUUAAGUUCAGUUUUUUUUUCAUUGUGUAAUUUGUACUGAUUAAUAUUAACAAUAAAACAAAACAAAUUAAAUAAAAAAUAAAAA